CACUCAUUAGAAUACUGUGUAGAGUGAAUUCCAACGUUGGCGUGAUCCAUCAAAAACCAGGGUUUCUCUAUCGCCUGAGGUAGCAGAAAAGCGCGUUUAUGGCACACACACGCGUUUGUCGUCGUGGCCUCGGGGCAUGCACACCAGAACAUCACCCACCGUCACCUAAAUACACUAUAUUUCGUCCCUAUUUACCAAAUGUCAUGAAUUCAAUAUCCAAUCGAAAUUGACUUCUUCUACACUGGCCCCUGACACCCAUGACCUCUUUAGACUGUCCACCGACACUCUCCGAUUGUCAGAGAUCAUUCAUGUAACCUAGCUAACAAGAGGAUAAAGGAGGAGCGGAGAACUGUCAAAUCUCAUUGUACAGAUUAGACUAGAUUACAAAACCAGCUCCUCCAGUAGACCAGUCCCAUUGCAGGUGUUGGUGGGCAUCUACAAGAAACCGCGCGCUGUAUAAUAAACGCAAGGACAGUGCAAAUAGGUGAAGAGCAAACCUUAUCGUCGAUUUUUUUGUAUUGUUUUGGAUUUAGAGUGGUUUACGCACGGUUUCUUUGGCGUUUGCCAAACUCAUUUUAAAAUGAUGUAUUCUCAAUUGUUAGCCUAAUAAUAUAAAUUAAAUGUUUAUCAGGAGACCCUGGAGGCAGAUAUUCUGUCGAAACUAUUUUGGAACGCAGAGGCGAGAGCUCAGCAACGAUGGAUAACUGACAUUUUUACGCGCGUCCGUACUCCUACGACGUUCCCGAGAACGCCGUUUUUGGACCGUAUGAGCUGAAACACACAUCCGUUUAUGACAGCAUCGCCUUCACUGCUCUCAAGUCUAUGGACCGAAGAACGGCACCAUACAUUUUGAGGAGACCCGUUUCUAUUUGGCUACACAGGCAGACGCCUCAGCGCAUUGAUGGUCCAAUGUGGCUGCGGCUGGUCCAGUCAGCCUGGAGCGCUGAAGAACAGAACCUGGAGCACUAUGUGAAGAACGGACACCUAUUCUUUAGGGCCCUCAGGACGACCCAGAAGGAAGAGGAGCGGUUGGUGUGGUACGGGAAAGACCUGGCCAAGCUUCUUCUCCUAAACCCACUGCAGAUACAAAGCAAAGGUACUGGUCCGUACACAUGUGCCAACUGUAACCAAUGCUUUGAGACUGAGUUCUGCACACAGAGACAACCAAACAGCCACAGCACCAAACCUGGUCAAAGCAACACUGACCAUGCGAAACCUGACUCCCUUCCUGCUCCUGCCUUCAAACAGAGCCGUCCAGAAACAAGUCCACUGGAUAGCAAACCUGCAACAGACUUCCAUAACUUAGCCCGGGAUAUGGAUAAUAUUAAGACAGGGUCUUCCAGCACCAGGGACUCUGAGACUAGAGGUUCCCUCAUAGGGAAACGCACAGAGGUAGAGGAGGACAGGUGCAGUGAGCCAGCAUCUGGUGAUAACGCAGGAUCCACUGGACACAGGAUACUGUACUUUGACCAUGAAAAGACAACCCAGCCCAGUCUCCCGUCACCUGUCCAGUAACAUCAACAAGAACAACAUCACCAAAGACAGAGCAACCCAACUACACUUACACGGUUCUUGGCCUGAAGACCUCAGAUCUUCAUCCAGCCUAAGGAACCAGAGCAUCCAGCCCGGUAGUGACUGUCACCUCUGCCUUCAGCCAGGUCUCUGUCUGAGAACAGGAGGAGUAACUUCUCCCAGCCCCCACGCUCUGUUUUCUUUCCCCAGAGUACCCCCCUGCUUGGGAGGGCUUAAACUUCAAUCACUCCCUUUACUACUGAUCUCCACCGACCCAGGGUGUUUCGAAACAGAGGCGCCCUCUAUACAGCCCAGCAGCUCUCUGGACCAGGACCACAGGCUGAUCCCACCCCCAGAUUACCCUAUCCCCGGUGCUCCUGUCCCCCUCCUUCUCACGGCUCUCGCCCCUCUGCCUGACGGCUCAGAACUGGUGUGCCAAAUGCAACGUCUCCUUCCGCCUGACCUCAGACCUGGUGCAACAAUGAGGUCCCACCACAAGAGGGCGGUGGACGCCACAGAGUCAGGGUCUGGGGUGAAACAACAGCAGCAAGGGCGAGAGAGGAGAGGCUCAAGUCAUGCAUCUACGAGGUCUUCAGACAACGCCAUCACCUUGCGGGACACUUGACCUCUCACACAUGAGUUCAGUUCAAUUAGUUAUUAUCAUUGGUAAGAUCUUGAUAUUUGAAUGUGUCAUCAUAUUGAUGAAGAUACUAAUUGGAGAACUAAAACAAACGAUGUUAAUUAUAAUAAUGUAAAUUAUCAAGACGAUGACAUUUUCUCAGAAUUCUGUAAAAUGUGUCAUUUUUUGAAUGCCAUAUAUUUUUCCAUUCUUUUACAUCAAAUGCUUGUGUUCCACACAAAUUGCAAUAUUUGAGGUGUUAUGACUUGAUUGUAAGGUCAGUUGCGAACACUAGAUGGUGCCAGAGAGCUAUUUACAGGGACAGAAAAAAAACUCGCUUCAAUUUUUCAAUUUUAUUUUGAAAGAAAAAUAUACCUAUUAUUUCAUAAGAACUUCAUAUAGAGUACCCUGAUAAGUAACACAUGGGGGGGGGGGGGG